AUGAUGGUAUCAAGUUCAUUUAAAACGACUAAUGCAUUAUCGAAGGGAAAUGGAGGUGGAGGUGGCGGUGCUGCGUUGAGACAUAACGCGAAUAGAGAAAAGGCAGCGAAAAGUACAUUUAACGAACAAGUAAUUUGA